AAAACGUAUCGGUUUCGAUUUCUUUUUGCAGCUUGACAAUCAUAACUCACCACCUGCCUUGAACGCAAACAGACCUUUUUAUCUGGAGGCACCUGCAUUUAUCUAAUCAUUUGGAAAGCUCUUUAUCGACAUUUAUUCCAAUUUUUUCCCUUUGAGCUUUUUCUUUGCAACUUUUUCUGGUACGUAACACUAAGGAAGUACCACCUGUUUGCAAAGCUUCCGCUGAAAGAUGACUGCCUUCCACCUCCCGCCAACUAAUGUACUUAAACAUUUCGACUGUGAUUUACAGAAAUUUUACUGCAAUGUGCUAGCUAAAGAAUUGAACGUUCAAAAUAGGCGUAACUCUCUGAAAAUAAGACGUGCCUUGAAGGAGGUAGUGGAAGCCUACAAAAAAGAAUACGGGAAGGAUUCAUCACCUUCUAUACGCUUCGAUUCCCCAGCAAAAAGAUGUGCGUAUGUCCUGAAGCACAGUCCGUGCUUUACCAGCGCUGUCGCAGGGCAUUUUUUGCAACUUAUCCGUUCUAAUUCUCCCCUCUUACACAAGUGUCUCAUUGCUGGUGAAUUGAAUCUUUGCUGUCUCGGGGGUGGACCAGCCUCGGAUGCGGUCGCAGUUAGCAAAAUAAUCAGUGCUUUGCAUCGCCCUCUUUGGCACCAGACUAAACAGUCUUUGAAGUUUAAAAUAACUGUUGUAGAUGUGAACGAAGAUUGGGAAAUCACGGCAAGAAAUGUGUUGGAUAUUAUGAAGGGGAAUGAUGAAUUUUUCGGGUUGGAAGGGAUGGAACUGAAAUUCCAGUUUUGCAAAGCGGAUCUCACUCAUCCAAUGGAGACGAAGGUGAGGGAUGCCUUAAGAAAUGCUGAUGUAGUGACAAUGGUGUUUUUCUUAUCAGCUGUCAACAGAUGCACUGACAGGGAAGAAAGCCUUCGCAUGGUACAGAAAAUCAUGGAAAACAUGAAAAAUGGAGCUGUCAUGUUUUUUCUCGAUUCCGCAAAAUCCAUGAAUUACAACCAGAUGGACGAAGCAGCUGUCUCUCAGGGAAAUAUGGAACAAAUCUACGGACCAUGCCUUGAAGACUUCCAUACUUUAUCCCUCAAAUCCGUGAGGACAUUUCUAGAUUUGUACAAAAAGGAUUUUGGUAGACUGUUAUGUAUGACAAACUGUUUUGUAUCCACGAGUGCCUGGGCGAAACUGGACACUAUCCUGCGAAUGCAGCUAUUGUUUAAUACAGAGGCUAAUCUCACAAACCGAAGCAAAUUUUUGAAUCCUAGGCACGAUCAACAAAAAGCAUCGCUUUUAACAAAGAGGAUGCUGAAGUUUCGAGCCCAAGUCAAGAAAAUACUGGAAGCCGAAUUAGACAAUUCUGAAUCUGAUGAAUCAGGUUUUGAAGAUUCAGAAGAGGACGCUGUCGAGAGCUUACUGAGGAGACAUUUUGACUAUGUUCCUAAAUAUUUCUUCCAAACAAAAGAAAAGAAAAGGCGAAUAUUUACAGGGCUUCCCGUAUCAAUAUAAUGAAUUUUAUGCAUUACGAGUUCCACUGUUGAUUUGUGGAACUGAAUUGCUCAUCGUAUGCAUGUUGAUUUUUGUGACAAUUUGAUACAUUUUUGUUUUUACAGAAUUAUGACAUGACAACAUGAUUUUAAAUCGUAUGUAUGCAUAUUUAAUUUUUAUAAUUUUUUUUUAAAAUUGUGAUGUGUUUUAGUGUCUUAUUGUUGUUAUAAUGAUGUGAUUGUAAAGUAUUAUAAAUUAUUUCGAGUUUUUAUACAUAGUUUUUAUACAUUUCAUUUUUUAA